AUUCCGGUACUGACGGAAAAGUGUGUGAACCGGCGAUCGUUUGCGUGCGAUUGCGAUCAAAUUGAUUGAGUGAUUGUCAGUGUGUGCUGAGACAACGUGUUUAUUAUAGCUAGCAUUCCCCUGUGAAAAAUUACAAUUGUUUAAUUACAACUUCAAUAAAAUAAACUUCAUCAGUAGUUAUGGCCGCGAUGUCCGUCAUUGGUAUUGAUUUCGGCAAUGAAUCCUGCUACAUCGCUGUAGCGAAAGCAGGUGGUAUCGAGACAAUAGCCAAUGAUUACAGUUUACGGGGUACUCCAUCAUGUGUGGCCUUCUCCCCAAAGAACAGAAUAUUGGGUGUUGCUGCAAAAAACCAGAUGGUUACAAAUAUGAAGAAUACUGUUUUUGGCUUCAAAAGACUCCUUGGAAGAAAGUAUUCUGACCCACUAGUGCAAAAAGAGUUAAAACAUUUCCCAUUUAAAGUUGAACAAAGAGCAGAUGGAGGUAUUGGAAUACGGGUCAAUUACCUCGGAGAAGAAAAUGUCUUUAGUCCAGAGCAGAUAACUGCAAUGCUGUUUACAAAAUUGAAAGAUAUAGCAACUGUUGCACUACAAACUCAAAUUAAUGACUGUGUCAUCUCAGUACCCGGUUACUUCACCAAUGCUGAAAGAAAUGCUUUGCUCAAUGCUGCUUCUAUUGCUGGUCUCAAUGUGCUCCGUCUUAUGAAUGAAACAACAGCCACAGCAUUAGCAUAUGGUAUUUACAAACAGGAUCUCCCAGCACCAGAGGAGAAGCCACGCAAUGUUGUGUUCGUUGAUUUUGGUCAUAGUUCCCUGCAGGUGGCAGCUGUUGCUUUCAACAAGGGCAAAUUGCGUAUUUUGGCAACUGCAUCGGACCCUCAGUGUGGUGGAAGGGACAUAGAUAUGGCCUUGGCUGAAUACUUCUGUCAAGAUUUUGUGACUAGAUUCAAACUGGAUGCAAGAAAAAAUCAAAGAGCUUUCCUUCGUCUACUGCAAGAGGUUGAAAAAAUAAAAAAGCAAAUGUCUGCCAAUAGCACCCGCUUACCUUUGAACAUUGAGUGCUUUAUGGAAGAAAGGGAUGUCUCUGGUGACAUGCAGAGAUCCCAGAUGGAACAACUUUCAGCUGAAACUUUUACCAGAGUUGAGAGGACCCUGAGAGAUCUCCUACAUAAUGCUAAACUAAGACCCGAAGACAUUUACUCUGUGGAGAUAGUUGGUGGAUCUACCCGUAUUCCUGCUGUUAAAGGAUUGAUUGAACAAGUUUAUGGAAAAACUGCAUCAACCACUCUUAACCAGGACGAAGCUGUGUCGCGCGGAUGUGCCCUGCAAUGUGCGAUGCUGAGCCCCGCGGUGCGCGUGCGGGAGUUCAGCGUCACCGACGUGCAGCCCUACGCUGUGCACCUCGCCUGGGACGCAGCGCGCGGCGAAGACGGCGACAUGGAGGUGUUCCCUCCAUUCCAUGCAGCUCCAUUCACAAAGAUGUUGACGUUCUACAGAAAGGAACCUUUCUCAGUCAGCGCUUAUUAUUCUGGGCAAAUUCCCUUCCCAGAUACUUUUAUUGGUCAAUGGCACAUUAGAGAUGUUCAGCCAACCUCAGAAGGGGAAUCCCAGAAGGUUAAGUUGAAAGUACGCGUAAAUAUUAACGGCAUCAUAACCGUCGCGUCCGCUUCACUUGUGGAGAAGAAGCAAGAGAGCGCGCAGAAUGAGAAUAUUGAGAUGGAGAAUUCUGAGAACCCGACUCAAGAGGCGCCUAUGGAGACCAACGGGUCUCAAGACUCGCAACAGAAUGGGCCAGAGAACCAAGAGGUGAGGGAAGAUGAGGUGGGGGCGGAGCCGCAACAAAAACAGUCGUGGACACAGAGAGUAGGCCAGUGGUUCAGCGGGGAUAACUCUGAUGACAAAAAGGACAAGUCAAAGGAGAAGUCCAAAAAAGUACUGGUGAAAACUAUUGAACUGCCCAUCGAUGCUAGAACUCAUGGCUACUCUCAACACGACCUCAAUACUUACAUGGAACAAGAGGGUAAGAUGCAGGCGCAGGACAGGCAGGAGAAGGAGCGCGCGGACGCCCGCAACGCGCUGGAGGAGUACGUGUACGAGCUGCGCGGGCAGCUGUCGGAGGGCGAGGCGCUGCACGCCUUCGUGGCCGACGACGCGCGCGCGCGCCUCGUGCGUGCGCUCGACGCGCUCGAGCACUGGCUCUACGACGAGGGCGAGGACCAGAACCGGCAGGUUUAUAGUGACAAGUUAACAGAGUUGAAAACGGAAGGAGAACCCAUUAAACAAAGAAGAUUAGAAUUCGAACUUCGUCCAGGAGCCCUAGACGAUUUCUCACUAGCCAUUCAAUUAGCUAAUAAAGCCAUCGAUCUUUACAAGGCCGGCGAUGCAAAAUACGCGCAUUUAACGGAGUCGGACAUGCAGAAGGUGAGCGAGGCCGCCGCGAGCGCGCACAGCUGGCUGGAGAAGGCGCGGCAGACGCUGACGCAGACGCCGCCGCACCAGGCGCCGCCGCACACCACGCACCAGAUACGCCAGGAGCGACAGAACUUUGAGAAUUUGAUCAAUCCUAUCCUGAACAAGCCGAAGCCUAAAGAGAAAACGCCGCCGCCAGCGACCAACCCCACGGCGGGCGACGGGCAGCCCGGCGCCGGCAGCGACCAGCCGCAGGAGAAGAUGGACGUGGAAUGAGCUCCGCACGCCCGACACACCUCCCGUAGUCACCUAGAUUUUCUUGACAAUGCAACACUUAUCUCUAACCACACGGAUUCCCGAUCAACAAAUUACUGCAACAGCUCUUUUUUAUAUCUAAAUUCUUACUUAGCAGUUAUAGAUUCACCCUGUUAUUCAUAAAAAGAUACAAGCAUACUUUAAGCUAAAGUAUGUUUGGUCUCUUUCUUUCAAUUUCAGAUUUAAAGUGCGACAGUGGCAAAAUAUACUUUAGCUUGAAAUAUGCUUUAUCUUUCGAAUAACGGGGUUAGAUUGUAUUGUGAGGAUUAUAGUUCUAAAUUUAGAUUGUAUUGAGGGUUAUAUCUUUUUCAAAGAAAUUGCUGUAUUGAAAACUCUCAUACAACAUACCUACCGUGAUUUUAUAUGUUCUUGGCCCGGAGCUCCGAUGGCAACGAUUGUUAAGGAAAAUCUGAAUCCGUGUAGUAUGAUCCUAUUUUAUACACCUCCAAACAUUUACUGUUUAUGAAUUCGACUUUUAAAAGUUAUUAUUUAAUCUGUGUGGGAGCCGCGUGUUGCCCAUAUUUGGGCGAAUAUGGUAUAUAAUUAAUAUUUAUUUUGAUUCAAAUGUGACCACGUCUCGUGUUACUUAUAUUUUAUUGGAGUUCAGUAAAUAUUGUUUUGAAUGUUGGUAACUCGAUUAUAAUAAUAAAUAAUAGUUGCACAUUUCUUAAUUUGACAUAUAACCCGAGAAGUAUUAAUUUAUACUUAUUUUUGUUAUGAUUUGUACACAAAGUGCAUUUUACUGCUUCUGGCAGAUUUCCUUCAUUGUGAUGUGAUAAAAUAAUGAAUUUAGUCACUGAAUAAAUUUAUUAGAAAAUAAAAUACUACUUACAAAAUAUUACUACUUAGAUAGUGCUUAUUUCUUUUUUUUAUUAUUAAUAUUGUUUUAUAUUUAUUUGGUCUGUUUUAUCCGUAAUAUCACAAUGCACCAAUAGUAUAUUUUCAGUAAAAGAUAGUUAAUGCAAGUUUUAGAAACAUCGAGACAUGUCAUCGUCACGUUUUUUAAAUGUACAAAAUUGUAUUGGUUGCUAUUUUAGAACACACGCUUUAGCAUUCCACAUUCUCGAAAUAUACUUAACUCGAUUUUUGUCUCUAUACUACUGUUAUAAUUACGUUUUCUUUAUUAAAACUACUGUCGCUGGAUACAUUUAAGUCUUGGAUUCUUGUUUUCCACAAGAAAGACUUGUAAUUUUAUUAAAAGUAAGUGCAAACUACCUAUAUGUGUAUAAGUUGAAAAAGAAGUUCAUAUUUUAUUUGCUAAAUUAGCACGAUAGUGAUUGUCUUGUGGUGCAUCCAGCCAGACUACCUAUCACAGAAAAAUAAUGAUAGGAUUACUUAGUCAAAUUUGAAUGUGACUGUAGUAUUUUGAUUUAAUACUUUUUUCUGUAUUAUAAAAUAAUAUACUUCACUGAAUAAUUACUUUGGUAUAACUUGUGCAGAUAAAGAAUUGAACGCAUUAACCCGAUUACGAAAGGUAAGAAAUUAUUUCUCUGAACGACUUGAAAUACACACGUAAGUUCGAUUUUUAAUCUGCAUAUCUGCACUACUCCGUAAAUUACUGCCGAAUUAUGUUUACCUGUUUGGCCUACCUACGUAUUGUACAUACCAAUAAAUGGUUGAACCAUAAGUAUGUUAUUUGUGCAUUUCUAAUAUUAAAGGCUUAGUAAAUUAAUUAAUAAUA